UUAUUUUAUUGCUUAUUAUAAUGAGAUAUGCAUGCUUUGAUAAUAAAUAUUUCUAUAAAUGAAAAUAAUUAGAAUAUAUAAUGCUUGGAACAAUUAAAUGUAUCUAUCGACUAGGAGCGCAGCCGAUAUUAUUGAGGAGACUGUAUCAUAAGAACGUAAUCGAUCAUUAUGAAAAUCCAAGAAAUGUUGGUUCUCUAAACAAAAACGAUGCUGAUGUUGGUACUGGUCUUGUUGGAGCUCCUGCAUGUGGGGAUGUAAUGAAGUUACAAAUAAAAGUUGAUGAGUCUGGAAAAAUUGUUGAUGCUCGGUUUAAAACAUUUGGAUGUGGUUCAGCUAUAGCAUCAAGCUCAUUAGCAACAGAAUGGAUUAAAGGAAAAAAUAUUAGCGACGCAGGUAAAAUAAAAAACACAGAUAUAGCAAAAGAACUCUCUCUUCCUCCUGUGAAACUUCAUUGUUCAAUGUUGGCUGAAGAUGCCAUUCAAGCAGCUUUAAAAGAUUAUCACUCGAAACAUAACAAGCGUGAAAAAACUGCUGCUGAUCAAUGAAAAAGAUUUCAUUUUUGAUUUUUUGUAUUUUUAAAGUUUUAUGCAAACCUUAUUUGACAAUUAUUGUAAAAUAUAUUGUAAUUUUUAGGACAUAAGCUUAUCAGCUUUCUAUGUAACAUUAUCUUGAAAAGAUGUUAUAAUAGAAUAAGUUUUUAGUUUUUAA